AUGCCUUUACAUAAUGACACCAACAUUGAAGCUCUCAGAUUCCUCCUUGUCGGGAUCCCUGGACUGGAGAAGAGUCAUAUCUGGAUAUCCAUUCCUUUCUCUCUGUACCUUCUUUCUCUCCUGGGUAACUUUACCAUUCUCUUCUUUAUCAAGACAGAGCCAAGCCUCCAUGAACCCAUGUAUUAUUUCCUUUCCAUGCUUUCCAUUUCUGAUCUAGGUUUGUCCCUCUCUUCUUUACCCACAACAUUGGGAUUAUUCCUAUUUAACAUUCAAGAAAUAAAAGCAGCUGCCUGCUUUGCCCAGGAGUUUUUUAUCCACCUUUUUACGGUCACUGAAGCUUCUGUAUUAUCUGUAAUGGCAUUUGAUCGAUACGUGGCCAUCCACAACCCUCUGAGAUACAGCACGAUCUUAACCAGCUCCAAAGUCAUCAAGACAGGAGUAUUGCUAACAUCUAAAAAUGUUCUCUUGAUUCUUCCACUGCCCUUUCUGUUGCAAAGGCUAACAUACUGUCAUCAAAACCUGCUGUCACAUUCCUACUGUCUCCACCAGGAUGUCAUGAAGCUGGCAUGCUCUGAUAACAGAGUCAAUGUUGUCUAUGGACUCUGUGCCGCCCUUUCUACCAUACUGGAUUUGUUGUUUAUUACGUUCUCUUACAUAAUGAUCUUAAAGACAGUAAUGGGCAUCGCAACACCCAGAGAGCAGUUCAAGGCUCUCAACACCUGCAUCUCACACAUAUGUGCAGUGCUUAUCUUCUAUGUGCCCAUGUUGAGUGCAGCAAUGCUCCAUCGUUUUGCCAGAAGUGUGUCUCCCAUGGUUCACAUUCUCAUGGCUGAUGUUUUCCUAUUGGUACCUCCCCUAAUGAAUCCUAUCGUGUACUGCGUGAAGACCCGUCAAAUCCGAGAAAAGCUUGUGGAAAAAUUUUGCCCCCAAAAAAGUAGGUCAAAGGAAUAA